AUGUCCAAGCCACGUCGCUGUCUCCCUCCACCACGAUCACCAUCAGCAGAGCCCAAGCGGCGGCUGGAGGGCAUCGAGCACUUCCCCUAUGGCUACAGGGUUGAGUUUGUCUGCAGGCCAGGCUACGUGAGAAAUGCUCGCGUUUCCAACGUCCUCACCUGCGGAGUGAACGGGGUGUGGCGUGGAUCGAGUGACAUCUGCAUUCCCAAGGCGUGCAGCUACCCCGGGGAGCUGGCCAAUGGCAGACUGGUCAUGCCUGGAGCGUUCACCUUUGGUUCCAAAGUGAACUUCACCUGCAACACUGGGUACAGACUGAUUGGAGACUCUGAGAUAGAAUGUGUGCUCAGAAAUGAGGUUCUUACAUGGGACAGAGAUAUUCCCACCUGUCAGGCGAUUCCCUGUGCACCCCCUCCAGAAAUAGCAAAUGGGCAGCACAAUGGGAUGGACAAGGACCAUUUUCAGUAUGGGGACUCUGUCACCUACCAGUGCCACAGGACCAGGAAGGGAGAGAGACCUUUCUCCCUGCUGGGAGAGGCCUCCAUUUUCUGCACAAGCAAGGACAACCUGAACGGUGUGUGGAGCAGCCCAGCUCCAGAAUGCAAAGUGGUGACCUGCGAGCAGCCAAGAGUGGAGAAUGGGAAGCUGCUGAGUGGAUACCAGCCUGACUACAGCUUUGGGGACACGGUGGUGUUCGACUGCAACCUGCGCUACAGCCUGAGCGGCAGCGAGGCCUCCACCUGCAGGGACAACGGCCUCUGGGAGCCCCCCCUGCCCCUCUGCCAGCGCAGCAGCUGUGAUGACCCCCCAGAUGUGAGGAAUGCUCUGAAAACCAGGCUGGCUGGCAACCUGUUCCCUGUGGACACCGUGGUCACCUACGAGUGCCAGCAGGGCCACCACUUCAGAGCAGGGCUAACCACCUGGAACAUCAGCUGCCUGCAGGACUUUGUGUGGAGUGAAGCCCCACCUCCGUGUGAAAGAGUUCCUUGCCCAGAUCCAGACAUCCCAAAUGGAAGGCCCUUGCACCCAUGGCAAGUGAAAGAGGUUUAUGAGAGCGGGGACAGGCUGGAGGUGGCGUGCAGUGAAGGAUUUGCUUUCAAAGGCCGCGGCAGCAGCAUCACCCUCCUCUGUGGCAGCGAUGGUGAAUGGGAUCCGGCAGUGCCAGAGUGCAUUCCAGAACCACAUUGCCCAAAGCCAGACAUCCCUCAUGGAAAGGAGGUUUAUAAAAGCAGCAGUGACUACACAGUGGGGACCCAGGUGAGGCUGGCCUGUGAGGAGGGCUUUGUCCUCAGGGGCUCUGAGUCCAUCACCUGUGGGGCUGAUCUGAGCUGGGAGCCCGAGGUGCCCUUCUGUGACAAAGUCUGUGGGCCCCCUCCCCAGAUUGCCUUUGGGCAGCACUCUGGCAGAGGUGGCAGGGAGUUCUCUUAUGGCUCCAAGGUGACCUACAGCUGUGCAGAGGGGCUGUCCCUGGUGGGGGACGAGUCCCUCUACUGCACCUCGGACGAUGGCAAGAGCCUGGCGUGGAGUGGACCUGCCCCGGAGUGCAGGGCGGUUCGGUGCCCCAAGCCCGUGGUGGAGAGGGGAAGGAUGACCCCACAGAUGUUCACCUUUCCCUACGGGCUGCUCCUGCACUUCUCCUGUGAGGAAGGCUUCGGGCUGCGUGGUGCUGCCCAGAGCCAGUGCCUGGCUGAUGGCACCUGGGACCCGCCCGUGCCCACCUGCCAGCCAGUUCAGUGCCCCAGGCUCCCCAGGCAGGACGAUGUUGUGGUGAACUUCAACAAGAUGUGGUAUGAGGUGAAUGAAACUGUGACCUUCUACUGCAGACGUGAUGGGCGCUUAGUGGCACCUUCCAAAACCACCUGUUCAGCUGAUGGCACCUGGACACCACCACCCACGUGUAGGAAAAGUGAGGUGUGUGAGAGGGUUCUUCGAAACAAAGCAGCUUUCCAGUGUGGAAUGCCUCUGUCAGAACUGAAAACCCAGCUGGAAGUCCAAAAGCUCUUCCUGGAGAUCCAGAAACUUGAAAAGGAGCUAAGAAUCACCACCUACAGCUGA